AUGCUGCAGCAGCGGGUUCAAUCCCUUCUCAACGAGGGCCUGCAGCAGGGCCAUCGGCUGGCAUUAUCGUCGGAUUUGUGGAGAUACGCCAGUGAAUGUUCCUCGGCAUGUGACGUUCUUUUGACCCUGAGCCAUCAAGAUGAUGACGAAUCGAUGAAAGAGACGGUGCACUGGAUCGUCAAUACGUUACGCCACCUGGAGCCGGCGUUGGUCGUCGAGGUCCGCUACCAUCGUCUGAAUGAUUGCUAUGGGCUGUAUUUGACGGCGGAGUAUAGGGAUUUGUUAAAGGGCGCCGAACUCUGCCACCUGAAGAAGCCGCUAAAGCUAAAGUUUGGCGGCGGCAUGCGAGACUUUUGCUUUGACGAAGCGCACUGUUUUGUGGGGGUAGAGCACAAAGCCCAUUUCUUAUCCGGCACCGAGCGAGCAUUAAUCGUGAAGCAGAUCCUGGAAAGUGUCCGAAUACCUCGGGGCGGUUUGGUAUUGUCAACGAGGAGCCGCAAGGUGGAGCUGCCCGGCUCUGCGCCGUUGGUUGGGCAACUCUCGGCUGCGGGGCUGGUUGACCGAAGUCUUCCGCUUCAUAACAAGGAGGAGCUUCGAAAUCUGCAGAAGGGAUGGGUGAUGUCACUCGUUGAUCGGCAGCCGUUGGAUGCGAUUAAGAACUAUUUCGGCACCGAAAUCGCGAUGUACUUCUCCUGGCUGGGCUUCCUAACAACGGCCCUCUGGUUCCCAGCCGGCAUCGGACUUGCCAUGUUCUUUUUUGGCGGCGGCGUAUAUCGAAUCCAACAAGGAGAACCGGAAGAAAAUGACGAAGAAGACACCUAUCAGCUGUUCAGCGACAUUUGCUUCGUCUUGUUCGCCUUCUUCAAUUGCAUCUGGUCCACCGUAUACCUUGAAUUGUGGAAGCGGAAGCAGGCGGAAUUGGCGUUCAAGUGGGGAACGUAUACGGUGGAGGCGAAUGCCUUGCUGCAAGACCCGAGACCGGGGUUUAAGGGCGAAUACACAGCUCCAAACGCGGUCACCGGGCUCCCCGAACCCCAGUAUCCGGCUUGGAAAAGUGCGGCAGUGCGGUACUGUCUCACCUAUCCGGUCACCGGUCUCUGCGUUCUCGUCAUGUUCGCGGCAAUGCUUGGGAUAUUUAUGGCACAGGAUACGGCAAAUUUCUACUUUGGCCAUUCUUCCUUCUUCGGUUGGGUUUGCUAUCUCCCCAUGGUCGUCUACGCCCUUCUCGUCGUCGCCAGCGAGAAGCUCUACCGACUCUUGGCCCUCUUCCUCAACGAUCUCGAAAACUACCGUACCGCCGAGGAGUACGAGAAUUUCCUCGUCUCCAAGAUUGUCAUUUUUCAAUUCGUCACGGCCUUUGGGUCGCUGUUCUAUACGGCGUUUAUCAUCAGGGAUAUGAGGAGACUGCAGGAGACCCUGGCAACGCUGCUGAUCACCCGCCAGCUCACGCAGAAUAUUAUGGAAAUGGCGGUGCCGUUUGUCAUCGAGAAGUUCAAGUUUUCGCAGCUGACUUAUAAGAUGACCCGCUCAAUGAGUGACGACACGCUCCGCCGACAUGUUCAACAAAAUGGAACAUCGCCAAAAAUUGGUCGUUCUCCCAGGCUGCCGCUUCCGGAAUUCGUUCCCUACGCUGAUGGAGUCGAAGUCACUCAAGCCGAGCUGGAGAGCCUGAUGAGCGUCUACGAGCGCCCGCUUGACGACUAUUUGGAGAUGUUUAUUCAGUUCGGCUACGUUCUCCUAUUUUCGCCGGCUUUCCCCCUGGCUGCAGCGUGUGCCCUCCUCAACAAUUUGAUCGAAAUCCGGGUCGACGCGUUUAAGCUAUGCAACACGGUGCAACGGCCGUUUGGGCGUCGCGUGAAGGAUAUCGGGGCCUGGCAACAUUCCAUGCAGUGGCUCGGGACGCUGGGGGUGAUGGUCAACUGCGCGCUGAUAGGCCAAUCCGGCCUUGUUCAGCGAAUAUGGCCCGGUAUCAGCUGGGCUUCGCAGAUUGUGCUGAUCGUCAUUUUGGAGCACGUGAUCCUCGGGAUUCGGGCUCUAGUGGAUUCUGCCGUCCCUGACGUACCGGAGUGGAUCCGGGUGGAGAUUGCCAAGCAGGAGCACUACCGAACAGAGGCAUUUAAGGUACUCGGAAGCGUUACU